AUGUCGGCAGAUAGCAAAUAUAAAUAUAGAGUUGAGAUCCAGCAGAUGAUGUUUGUGUCGGGAGAGUCUGUAGACCCUCCUGUGGAGACGACAUCAUUAAUUGAAGACAUUGUUCGUGGACAAGUGAUUGAGAUACUACUUCAAUCUACCAAAACAGCCAAUGCCCGAGGAACCAAAUCGAUAGCACCAGAAGACGUGAUUUUCAUCAUACGACACGACAGGGCCAAAGUAAAUCGAUUAAGAACUUAUUUAUCAUGGAAAGACGUGCGGAAGAAUGCAAAGGACCAGGAGGCUGGAGGCACAGAGUCUUUCAUGGAGAACGAAGCUGGCCCAGGAGGUGUGGCCGGAGGAGUUGGAGCGACGGGAACCAACUUACCGGGAGCAGCAGGGGAUUCCAAAGUUCUUUCUCUGACUAAAUAUAAAAAGUCCAAAAUACGAUUACCUUGGGAAUUGCAGUUUAUGUUUCUGGAACAACAUUUGGAGACUGCUGAAGAGAAUGAACAAGUUGAUGACGAAGAGAAGGCCGCCACUAUUGCAUCGUUGAAGAGGUUGAAAAUGGCUGAUGAUAGAACCAGAAAUAUGACUAGACAAGAGUAUGAACAUUGGUCAGAUUGUAGACAGGCUUCUUUUACAUUUAGAAAGGCUAAACGGUUCAGAGAAUGGGCACAAAUAGCUCAAUUGUGUGAUUCCAGACCAAAUGAUGAUGUGAUUGAUAUUUUAGGGUUUUUAACCUUUGAGAUUGUGUGUUUCUUAACCGAGGAAGCAAUGGAAAUUAAGAACUCGGAAGAAAGAAUAAUCCAGUCCAAGAGAUCUGCUCAAGAACAACAGCAGAAGGAAACAAUCAGAAAGAGAAAGUAUUUGUUUGAUAAACCAGAUGAGUUUUCCAAACCAAUUAUGCCCCACCACAUUGAAGAGGCUUGGAGAAGAUUACAAAAUAGUGAUUUUAAACAUAGAGCAUUAAGAUCUUUUGGUGGUGGUGUAUUGAAAACUAGAACAAGAUUGAUUUGA